GUCACGUCAGUGUAACACCAGCCAACGCGUUACACGGGCAGCACAUGCUCACUCUACUCACUCCGACUGUCUAGGUAUGCAUAAGGCUCUGCGGCGGCAGCCUUGGACCUGCCCCAGAUGCCUGCGCAAACAGCAAAGGUUCAAUUCUACCGCCGCCGGAAUCGCCGUAGCCAACGAUAACACCUUCGAUGGUGCAUACCUCCAUGCGUCCUCCCACUCCUCCUCCAAGAACGGUAGCGAAAAUGCUCUCCUCCGUGAGGUUUUCAAUAGGAAGACACUCUCCAAGACAUCAUCCACCGAGAGUUCGGGCUUGAUAGGAAACACGUUCCUGACCCUUCCGCAGGGCUUUCAAAAAUUCGCAGAGGCGUCGGUAAUACAAUGCAAGAGAUUGGUAGAGAGGACGCUCGCCGCUUCCACGGCCGAGCAAUACAGAGCAAUACCCAGAGAUCUUGAUAGACUGAGCGACUUGCUUUGUCGAGUAAUAGAUCUCUCCGAUUUCAUCAGGAGCAUCCACCCGAGUGACGAUGUGGCUGCCUCGGCAUCUGCUUCAUAUUCACUGAUGUUCCAGUACAUGAAUGAGCUCAAUACAACCACUGGCUUAAACCAGCAGCUGAAAAAGGCCUGGGACAUGCCAGAGGUCCAGUCUCAGUGGAGCGAAGAGGAGAAAAUGGUUGCCGUGCUCCUGAUGAGGGACUUCGCAAAAUCGGGCAUUCACCUUCCCGACAAACAGAGACGACAGUUUGUCUCACUCUCGAACGAGAUUGUACAGCUGGGAACCGAUUUUAUUAAUCAGAUGGAUCAUGCAAGGGAGUAUGUCUCAUUUACCGUUCGUCAGUUGGAUGGUAUAGAUCCGACGUUGGUUCAAGGCUUCAAAAACCACGAAAGAGCACAGAUUCCAGUGUCGAGUAAGUGGUCCAAAAUGGUUCUUAGAGCUGCCAAGGACGCUGCAACGAGGAAAGAUAUGUACAUUGCUGAGAGAAGCGCCUCCAAGAAGACCAUUGCAACACUUGAACAACUGCUCCUUCGCCGUGCCCAGCUUGCCAAACUUACGGGCUUCGACAACUUUGCACAGAUGGCUCUCAUAGAGAAAAUGGCCAAGACCCCAGAGGCCGUGAACAACUUUCUCGAAUCGAUUAAUGCAAACAACAAGAUACAUGUGCAGAAGGAGCUUGCUCCACUCUUGGAACUCAAGCGCAAGGUGGACCAAGGCGCUGAAGGAUUGAACCCGUGGGAUCACAACUAUCUCCUGGCAAAACUAGAUCAGCUGGAGGGGGCUUCGGGACCUCGCACAUCAAAGUCGCGCCUGCAGGAGAGCGCCAGAUUUUACUUUGCACUCGGCCAUGUGAUGCAGGGCUUGUCCAGCCUGUUCGAGUCUCUCUAUGGAGUCCGCUUUGUACCAAAGGAGACCAAGCAAGGUGAAGUCUGGCAUCCCGACGUUAGACGGCUGGAUGUCUAUACCGACAAGGAGGAACAUAUCGCCACCAUGUACUGCGAUUUAUUUUCGCGACCGGGGAAGCAGAGCCAUCCCGCCCACUUCACGCUUCUCUGCUCACGGGAAAUCUCAGAGGAAGAGGUCCGCGAAUGUGAAGAACGCAAUGAACCACUGAACAAUGGCAUGCCGACACUCCUCAGCACCAACCCUACUUCAGGCGUGGCUUUUCAUCACCAAAUCCCCAUCAUCGCUCUUGUGUGUGGCUUCCCACAAUCCAGCGUACCCGGCGAACCUGCUCUUCUCUCUCAAUACAGUCUCGUCUCGUUAUUCCACGAAAUGGGCCACGCCAUCCACAGCGUCCUAGGUCGCACCUCUAUGCAAGGCAUAUCGGGAACACGGGUUGCAACCGACUUCUCUGAACUGCCCUCUGUCCUCAUGGAAAACUUCGCUACAGAUCCAGCGGUUCUGAAACUCUUUGCGAGACAUUGGAAGACAGACGCGCCCAUGCCCGAUGAGAUGCUCAAAGUACUUGCCGAAGAAGGGUCAAAGGAAGCUUCUAGACAGGGUGCGUGGAAUAACGAGAGCCAGAUUCUCAUGAGUGUCCUUGAUCAGGUGUACCAUGGGGACGGACCUGUUCAAGCCCUCCGGAGCGGGCGGUACGAUUCUACCGCUGUAUACUACGACGUGUGGAACAAGCACGGCUCCGUGCCCGAGCCGUGGGGAACCUCCUGGCAAGGCUUCUUUGGUCACCUCCACGGAUACGGCGCAAGCUACUAUUCAUACCUAUUCGACACGGCGAUCGCGCGGCGAGUCUGGACGAACGUUUUUCGCGGCGGCGAGGACAAUGGCGCCAUUGAUCGUGCCAGUGGAGAGAGGUUUAAAGAGGAGGUUCUGAAAUGGGGCGGCGGAAGGGAUCCCUGGCUUUGCCUCGAGGGAUUGCUCGGGGAGGGGAAGGGGGUAUUAGCAGAAGGCGGAGAGGAAGCUAUGUUGGAGGUAGGGAGGUGGGGAGUCGGUGUCGGGGCUGGUACCCUCGAUUGACGCAAUGAAGCCGGCUCCGCAGACAAGCGUGGUGGACGCUCUCGUUCAACGUUCUUCCAAUGUGAAUAGAAUUAUGUAACCCUUCGUCGCGUCUGUCUUUAUAUACCAAAUUCAUCCUCAUCUUCUGUC